AUGGAGGCGAGUGCAAGUGGCCUGCCAGAAGAAUGGGAAGCUCAAUGGAGGAGGGAGAAGGAAAGAAGAGAGCAAGUUUUAGGAGAAGGACAAGCUGGAGUUGAGCAGGAUAAGCGCGAGUUGCGAAGAAUCGUGGCCUUCAACGACUCCAGAUUGGGGCUGACGGGCGAGAAGAUGGAACCAGGUUGCCCGGAUGGUGUCCGAUUGUAUCAGAGCCAAAGCUUUCCUUGUGAGACGUUCGAGGUCUUGAAGGAGUUUCUCGAAUCGCGUCUCCUCACGGAUCUGACGUUAAUCACGAACGACGGAAACACCUUCAAUGUUCACUCUUCAAUCCUCGCUGCUGUCAGUUCUUUCGUCAAGGCGAGUGUUAAGAAAGAAGCUCAAAUGCGUGAUGAGGGUGAGACCGCUCCACACCAGUGGUCCUUGUUUCUGGGUCCAGAUGUAGAUCAUUGUGGGCUACGGGCAAUUCUUGAGUUUGCUUAUACCGGGGAGCUUAUAACAGGUGAGAACCUACCUCAAAUCAAGGCAGCGGCACGCGCACUUGGAGUUUCUAGAUUAGUGGACAUCUGUGAGCAAGCUGCAGGACCAGAGACAGGUCAGAAGAAGAAACCUGCCUUUGAGGAGAUGAGGCAUACCCUUCGAUCCAUAGAGCAGUUGUGGGCCGACGGUGUGGGCUGCAAUGUCAUUUUGGAUCUCAGUGGAGCUUUGUUCCCCGUCCACAGGGUGAUCCUGGCGGCAAGCAGCGACUACUUCCGAGGCAUGUUCACCAGCGGGAUGAGGGAAUCAGUUCAAGCCCGAAUUGCCCUUCCUGUCAACGAAGCUCCAGAGAUGGCCGCUUUGAUUUGCUGUUGCUACCGCGGGACGCUUUCAGUUAACUGGGACUGCGUUUUCGAACUAGCCUGUACGGCGCUCCGGUUUCAGUUCCGGUCGGCAGUCUCGCUUUGCCUACUCUUCAUGCGGCAAGAAAUGGAAGCGAGUACCUGUUUGGAUGUUGCUUCUUUUGCCGAAGCUUACGGGAUCUCAGAUCUCCUCGAAGAAGCCGAUGACUACGUGCUGCGAAACUUUUUGGAGGUGUCUGCUACUGAAAAGUUUAAGGAUCUCCAAGCUGAGAAGCUUUUCAAAUUCCUCUGCAGCGAUGGGCUCAGCGCGCCGUCUGAGCUAGUCGUUUUUCGAGCUCUAGUCUCCUGGCUGGAGGCGGAACCUGACGAAAGACUGGGACUUGCCGGCAAACUGAUGAGAGGGGUUCGCUUCCCCCUUAUGACAUUUCGAGAGUUCAGGGAAGUCAGGGCUAUCAACCUGCGCAUGGAAACCAAAGACGUGCAACUUCAGGGCGCUGCUUUUAAAGAAUUCGGAUCCAGCAUCCCUAUGCAGGAUCACCAUCGUGUAAGGUUCCCCAAAGACUGCCUCCUCCUUGUCGGUGGGGACCGGCUGGACCCUGAUGUAGGCCGGCGCAUACCAAGUCGUGAAAUAUGGUUUUUAAACUCCCUGCGAUCAGGAAUCGGCCUUGUGAAGGACAUUGAGUGGAGGAUGCUGGCCCAGAUUCCAGAAAAACCAAAGUUCAGACAUGCAGUUGCAACAAUUGGGGGGCGGUUGUUUGUGAUUGGAGGAUGUCACUUUUACGCCCGGGACAACGUUAUGAAAUCCACCUACAGCUACGACCCUGAGCAGGGCUUUUGGAGGAGAUGCAGCGACAUGAAGGAAUGUCGAAGUAGCUUCUCAGCAGUUGUGCACAAAGGUAAACUUUGUGUUAUUGGCGGAGACGAGCAGCUGAAUACCAAUUUGAAGAGUGUGGAGAUGUACGACAGCGAGGCGGACACCUGGAGCUUUGUUCAUCCUCUGGAUCAGCCACUAAGUGGGCAAGCUGCCACUGUCCUCGACGAAAGGGUGUUCAUCUCUGGAGGUUUUGACUCACAGUACAUUUGCCUUACCUCCUUGUUCAUGUACGACCCGGAGGUGGGAAGCAUCAGCAUGGCAGAUAUGAAUCAAGACCGGGCCCAGCACUGCAUGGAGGCUCUGCGAGGCCGUCUAUACGUAGCCGGCGGCGUGUGCAACCUGAGGAAGUUUUACACCGACCAGCUCAAUUGUGAGGUUUACAAUCCAGCUGCUGAUUCAUGGACAUCAAUCGCACCUCUGCCCGUGCCUCAUGUGGGUGCGGCCUCGGCCAUUUUAGAGGAGAAUGUCUACAUUCUGGGAGGGUACUGUCAAGAAGAUUACAGCGAGUCUUGGCUCGUCCACCGGUUUAACCGUGGCACAAAACGCUGGGAGAGAAUGGGAAAAGUGCCAGCAGCUGUUACCGACAUUAGGGCCUGUGUGCUAAAAUUACCCAGGACUUUGAGAUGCUAG